AUGGCUGCAGAAGGGCGCUUCGUAACGCUGGGGGCCCUCGAGCAAGAACACUUGGAGGUCCCUUCGCAGUCGACUUCAACUGUGUUCUCAGGCCGGUGUCCUGAGAAGUGGUUGCGGUCUCGCGUGGCCACCGUCCUGCGAGCUAAUCCUUGGCUUGCAGGGCGUCUGCGUACGGACCCCUCUAGUGGCAAACCUGCGCUUUGGGUGCCUGACCAUGUGGACGAAGAGGGAUUUCUGCAGAUCGCUCGAGUUGCAGACCCAGAGCAUGUGGUGUCGAAUCCCUGGCCCAGCCACUUCGUGUUGUCCGGUUCUGCCCUGCUUGACUGUGACGACGAGCCAGUGUGCAAGAUGGUUGUGCUACUGGAGCCCACAGAGCAGCAAUGGGGCCUCAACUUCUCCAUGUCGCACAUGGUCACAGACGCCCACACGUUUUACACAAUCUAUGGCAUGUUGGAUCAAGCAUCAGGAGUGGUACGGCCGAUGCAGGUGGAUCGUAUCCAUUUCGAUUUCACGGCUGUUCUCCCAGAUGCGUUAACUCACCAGAAGAGACAGGAGCUCCUUGAAAGCCAAGGCAAGCACCAGCCAACAGCAAUCAAUUGCUGCAUUCGAUACGUUUGCCAGAAGUGGCUCCGUAAGCAGAAAGAAGCCUACGCUGCCAAGAUUGAUGCUGACGCUGCGUCGAUUACAGUCAACGAUCUGCUAACUUCCUGGUUCUUCAAAGCUACUCAGCCUGCGUAUGGCGCUUUGUCCUUCAAUUUGCGAGGCAAAGGAAAAGUGCCUGGUCUCUCAGAAGAUCACGCAGGCGUGUAUUCAACGGAACUUGUAUUGUUGCCAGAGGAGUACAUGUCACCGGUAAACAUCCAUCGUGCAAUCGUAAGUGCAUCUUCGCAUCAGCCUCGGCAUUCAGAAAGCUCUGUCCAAGGUUUGUGUGGGAAGAGGGGUGUAGUCACAUCCUGGCAUAACAUUUACAAAGAUGUACAGAUGCCUGGUUGCACACAGAAAGUGCACGUCCCAUGUGGUCCUGCAACGCUUUCAUCGGACCUUCCUCCAGUUCCCUUUGCAACAAUCUUCAGACCUGCUGCUGAUACCUAUGCCAUGUUGACCUUCACAGAGCAGAACCUGGAUGAUCUUCCUGACACGCCCUUGGGGGACCCACUAUGGGGUGUGGAGGCUGCUGCUUCUAACUUUGAAAGAGUGAGCCGCCUGCUCCACAUGCAACACUGCUGA